CAAUUAGUUGGUAGAACUCAUUUUAUACUACUGGAAUUAACAGUUCUUCCAUUUACAACAUGACUAACGACUUGUCCAAGAGGAAGGGAAAGACUUCGGGCGAUAAAAAAGUGAAGAGAAGAGUCAAAAGAAGAGAGACUUACGCCAUGUACAUCUAUAAGGUUUUAAAACAGGUCCAUCCGGAUACGGGGAUUUCCAGCCGAGCCAUGAGUAUUAUGAACUCCUUCGUGAACGACCUGUUUGAGAGGAUCGCCACGGAAGCGUCGCGUUUGGCUCAGUACAACAAGCGCUCCACUAUCUCCAGCAGAGAGGUGCAGACCGCUGUGAGGCUGCUGCUGCCUGGGGAGCUGGCCAAGCACGCCGUGUCCGAGGGCACCAAGGCCGUCACUAAAUACACCAGCUCCAAGUGAACCUUGGAUUUAGUGGACUCUCUUAGUGGCCACCAUCGUGGCCACUUAAAUAAAGGCACAAAUGUACUUUUUUUUUUUUUAAGCCACGUUUUUAUUUUUUCACCUUUAUACCGCUAGAGGGAGCAAUUGCACAGCGUUUAGUUCCUAAUUCAAAUGUGAUUGUAGAACUACUGCUAUAAUUUAUUGUUGCCCAUGAGAAUUGGUUUAUACAUUUUUGUACAUAAGAUUGUGUCAAAAUGUUUACAGCAAUAAAGGUCCUCUGGGGAAAGUGG